AUGUCAUCAAAUCGAUUUCUUAUCACUCUCUUUACAUUCCUAGUGGCUGGAUGUAUGUUAGUAUCAUGUGUUGUUCCAGUUAACUCAAACCAAGAAGCGAUCAUGAGGCUAAAAGCAGAAGUAGCCAAAGUAAAUCAAAUCAGUCAAACUUUAGCUUCCAACGACCUUCGUAAAGACCAAAUAGCCGGUUUAGCACAAGAUGGGAUCAAUUCAGAACACGUUCAAAAUGCCGAUCGACUUUGGUUAGCUCAACAUCAAAUUAAAAAUGCAAGGAUUAGUAAAUCUAUGGAUGUUUAUAAUGAUAUCCUUCAUAAAAUCAAUGCUAUUAUUACCAUCUUCAAAGAGAUGUUGAAAAAAGGUGUAACCAUUGAUGAUGCUCAUCAAAAGAUCGCCAGGAUUGCUCAAAUUCGUAGCGUAGCUAAACCACUUAACGCCAAGUUGAUGGACAAUGCGGGUUACAACGGUCCAUAA